GGUAAACAGUCUUCACUAAAGCUAUUAGUAGAAGUUAUAUGAGGACUUAAACUUUACGAAAGAGUAUCUUGCUUUCAUGAUAUAAAUAUUUUACAAUGAAUGAUGCAUUCGUAGAUGAUGAAUUGUCUUUGCCAAAGGCUACGGUUCAAAAAAUGGUUUCUGAAAUGCUUCCAGAAGACCUAACAUUCACAAAAGAGACCAGGGAUUUAUUAAUUGAGUGCUGCGUCGAAUUUAUUCAUCUCGUUUCCAGUGAGGCCAACGAAAUAUGUGAAAAGGAAAGCAAGAAAACUAUAGCAGCUGAGCAUAUAAUUAAAGCACUGGAAAACUUAGAAUUUAAGGAAUAUAUCAGUGAGGUGUUAGAAGUUGCCGCGGAACACAAAGAACAACAAAAGAAUCGUGAAAAGAAAGGAAGUAAAUUUGAACAAUCCGGAGUCUCCAGAGAUGAGUUGUUACGCCAACAAGAAGAACUCUUGAGCCGUGCUAGAGAAAGAUUCCAAAACCAAAAUUCUAUGAAUCAACCUGUAGCCGCUUCUACUUCUCCUUCAGAGGGUAGCGACAUAAAGCAAGAAGUAAAGAAGGAAGAGGAUUCAGUUGCGUAGACCUUUUUAACGAAUAUUACGAUAUUCACACUCAAAUUUUGAUGUAUCUUGUCUUUGGUCUUUUAGUUGGACAUUGUAAAGUCGUCUAUCUUUGCCUAUUUUUUUUUUUUUUUUUUGUUUAACUCUUAUCUCCCGAACCGUUUACUUCUUUCCCUAUUUUAUCAUAUUCUCUUCUUGCUCACAUUUUGAUCAGUUUUUAAAUUGUAAUACUCAUUCUCUAGUAUAUUAUGUAUUUAGUGCUACUCCGAAACGCAAAGAUUUCUAAUACUAUAUACUCUCCUUGGCCCUACUGGCUCGCAUGUUCGACAGAUGAGUUCUAGUACUUCCAUAAUAUUUCUCUUAUGAACAACGAAACAUUAUUCUGAAAAGAUUGAUGGAUAACUAUCUAAGUAUACUUCACUAUUUAGGCUGAAUCCUAGAUACGAAUACGAUACAUCAAGGUUAUUAAGGUAAUUGAGAAAAAUAGUAGUCCAAAAACUCUACAGUUUCCGAAGGACUUGAUACCCAAACCGUAGUUGCGGCAGAUCUCUGUAAAUGGUUAGUAACUGAAUUUUCAUUAUGUGUAUUUUAAAGACUUUGAAUACGUACGGCUUUGUAAUCGUUAUUACCGGCGGAAAGGAACUGGUCACCUACGUGUAAACACUUCGAAGGAUGGGAGAUGGCGAAGAAGUACUGAAGGCAAUGUACUCCAAGUUUUUUGUCACCGAUGUCGCACCAAAUGUCAUUACCUCCGUUAAAGGCAGUAAAGGGAACGGAGAAAUUCUUUAAUUGUAACGUCGUCUGUACUUCCAAAACUGUUUCUUCCAGUUGUUCUCUUCUCAACUUUUGACCUAGCGAAGGUGCAAAUCCUACAGAUCGUUCCUUACGGAUAAUCUUAGCAUCAAUGUUUAGAGCCCUUAUGCAAGAACGAAGAGCUUCUUCAGCAGAGUCCAAAAUUUGGGAAAUUUCGUCGGCUGGCCAUGUCUUCAUGAUAGGUAGCAUCCAGGAUUCUGGUUCUACCCAUUGUAGUCCAUGCAAUGGAUUGUAUUCAAACAAAUAGUUACUUUCACCUCCCAAUACGUGCAAUCUUCGCUUUUGAGUAUCGGUCAAAUCACUAUCCUCUAUAGCUUGUAACAGUCCAGAGAACCGAUCCAUGUAUUCCUUUCCACUAGGACUAGGGUAUCCAGCAGCAGUUAAGAUUACUACAUAACUGUCUCUUGAUAAGAGUUGCACUAAACGCGAAAUGACAGGAUUGUCAGCAAGCAAGGGCUGUCCAUCUUCAUAAAGAGUUACAUCACCAUCGAAGCUUACCAACUCAAGGCUAUGGUGAGCAAGGUAGCGAAGCUGAGCACCACCUAGGAUUGUACGAAUAUCGUUAAAACUAGGUGCUACGAAGCUGCGUUUAGCCAAACAAAGUUUUGGCUCAAGGUCAUACAAAGCCUGAACUAAAGGAAGUGGUGUCCAAAAAGAAGUAAUAGUUGGCACCAGCAUCUUUAGCUGACUAUGAUGGUGACCUUGAUCCGUUAAUUCAACUGAGAGUAGUUAAUAAGAAUUCUUCCCAAUGUACUCUUCCACAUUUUUUCCAAUAUAAUAAUAAAAUC